CAGCAAAACUCUCGACUUGCACCGGCCGUACCUCGUCGCACGAGCAACGUACGGCUUGACCAGUGCGUGGAGAGCUAGUUUACAAGCUCGACCAGCACCUUGUGCACUGAGUACGCGUGUGGGUGCCCAGUUGCGGCGGCAGAGCCAACACAGCGAAAUCUCGCCGACAGCGCUCGCGGCGCGCAACCACAGAGACAAGAGCUAAAACAAAGCCAAGAUGCCGUCCGCCCCGCAAAUCCAGCAGACGGGCAAGUUCUCCGUCUUUGAUAGACCAGGCGUGAAACAACACGCGCGCACGACGGGAGGAAGGUUGACGACGGCGUCGGCGGGCAAGAUCGAGCAGACGGAGGGCGUUCACAUCGGCGGCGCGUUCACGCCGGAGCCCAAACCCGCCUUCACGGCGCACCGCGAAAGUGUGUGGGAUCAAGCCGCCGCCAGACGAGCGGCGCAGCCCGCCCCAGAAAAAAAGCCCAUCACGAUCACCUUGCCGGACGGGAACACGAAGGAGGGUGUGGCGUUCGAGACCUCGCCUUUGACGAUAGCGUUGGGUAUUUCCAAGCAGCUGGCCGGGCGGAUGUGCUGCGCACGAGUCACCUACGCCUCAAAUGUUAAAAUUACGUCGGUGGCCAUCAACCAAUUUGAUGAGGACGACGACGUGCAAUCAGAUGUCGACAAGGCCUUGCUCUGGGAUUUGGCAAGGCCUUUGGAGGGCGAUUGCACGCUCGAGCUCCUAGGCUUCGACAGUCCAGAAGGUAAAAUGGUCUUCUGGCACUCGGCGGCCCACUUGCUCGGCGCGGCCCUAGAACAGAAGUACGGCGCGAAACUAAGCAUAGGACCACCCGUCGAAGGAGGUUUUUAUUAUGAUGCCUACAUGGGUACGUCGUCGGUAUCAGAUAAGGAGUUCAAGGAGCUCCAGCAGAUGGUCACGAAGAUGUGCAACGCCAAGCACAAGUUCGAGCGCCUCGCGCUGACGAAGGAAGAGCUCCUGGAGAUGUUUGCCUAUAAUCCUUUUAAGACGGCUAUCAUACAAAGUAAGGUACCGGAUGGGAGCAUGACGACGGCCUAUCGGUCGGGGCCGAUCAUCGACCUGUGCAUGGGUCCCCACGUCCCCGAUUCGGGGCGAGUCAAGGCUUUCGAGGUGUUGCGAGCUUCUAGCGCUUAUUGGUUAGGCAAGGCCGAGAAUGACGCCUUACAAAGGGUAUAUGGUGUAGCAUUUCCGGAUAAAAAAGAAAUGACGAAGUGGAAGAAGUUCCAGCAGGAGGCGGCGAAACGAGAUCAUCGGAAAGUCGGUGCUGCGCAGAAACUGUUCUUUUUUGACGCGCUUAGUCCUGGCUCGGCCUUCAUGGAGCCCCAUGGUGCUAGAAUAUACACUGGUCUGAUAGCUUUCAUCAGAGAUCAAUAUUGGUUGCGGGAGUACACGGAGGUCGUCACACCGAACGUCUACAACUUCGAUCUAUGGCACACGUCCGGCCACGCGCUCCACUAUAAAGAUGACAUGUUCUGCUUCGAGGUGGAAGGCCAGGAGUUCGGCAUGAAGCCCAUGAACUGCCCGGGGCACUGCCUCAUGUUCAAGCACGACGUGAGGAGCUGGCGCGACCUGCCGAUGAGAUACGCUGACUUUGGCGUGUUACACAGAAACGAGUUAUCUGGAGCAUUAACAGGCCUCACGAGAGUCCGACGGUUCCAGCAGGACGACGGGCACAUCUUUUGUAGAGAUGAUCAAAUAGAGGAAGAGGUCAAGGGUGCCCUCGAGUUCAUGAAGUAUGUGUACGGUAUCUUUGGCAUGGGCUACAAGUUGGAGUUGAGUACGCGACCGAAGAAGGCUCUGGGGGAUAUAUCUUUGUGGAACCGGGCCGAAGCAGCAUUAGCUUCAGCCAUGGAUGAUUUCGCGGGCAAGGGCGGGUGGCGCGUGAACCCGGGCGACGGCGCGUUUUAUGGACCGAAGAUCGAUAUUAAAGUUACUGAUGCUCUCGAUCGGGUCCAUCAAUGCGCCACGAUCCAGCUCGACUUUCAGUUGCCUAUUAGAUUCGAUCUGAAGUACCGAGGCGGUGACGAAACGACAGAGGAAAAAAGACCCAUUAUUAUACAUCGGGCCAUGCUCGGUUCUGUUGAGAGAAUGAUGGCCGUGCUCACGGAGCACUGGGGCGGCAAGUGGCCCUUCUGGAUCUCGCCUAGACAAUGUAUCGUCGUGCCCGUCGGUCCCAGUCAUAUCGAGUAUGCCAAAAAAGUGCGGGCGCAGAUUCGCGCGGCUCGGUUCUACGUCGAUUGCGAUGAUAGUGGCCAUACCCUACCGAAGAAAAUCAGAAAUGCGCAAUUGGCGCAGUACAACUUUAUACUGGUGGUUGGAGACAAUGAAAUAGCCGAGAACGCGGUCGCGGUGCGCACGCGCGCGAACACCGUCGAGGGCACGAUGCCGGUUUCGGACUUUAUCGCGCGGUGCGUCGAGCUGCGGGACACGAAGGCGAAGGACCCGCCGCCUCCCGAUAUUCCUGAGCCGGCCAAGGGCAAGGGCGGGGGGAAGAAGAAGUAGUCUCCUGGGGGGCUUUUCCCGCCAUAUAU